AGAAAGAGAAAAGCAGAAAGAGGCUGAGAGCCCAGGAAGAUAAAGCACUCUGGAGCCUCCCGAACCAGAGCCUGAGCUGGAAGGGGGAGGCACCAUGACUCACAAGGCCCUGGGCGUGGUCACUUUAAGGAGGGCUGUCCUAAAACCUGGAGCCUGUAACAGAAAGUGAAACUCUAGUGGUCCAGACAAAGAUCAUGGCUGGGACUAGCUGGCCACAGAUGAAGCCUCAGACCAGAAACACGGUGGUACGAAUGGAUCCAGACACAUUCUUCUACAACUUUUAUAACAGACCCAUCCUUUCUCAUCGGAACACCGUCUGGCUAUGCUACGAAGUGAAAAUGAAAACAAACGACCGCUCAAGGCCGCCUUUGGUUGCAAAGAUCUUUCAAGGCCAGGUCUAUCAUCAGGCUCCAUUUCAAGUGCUCCGUAGCCCCCGUGGCCAAUGCCCCCCCCCCCGCCCACAUGGGACAGCACAGGUCCAGUGGCCUCCCCAGCAGACAGCAGACAGAGAACGAGGCCGACCCCAGAGGACCAGGACACAGCAGGGCUGAGCAUGUCUGGUGAAUGGAUGCCUGGGAGAAUGGACGCCAGAAUUCACGCAUGAGGCCAUGAACAGGGCCAGGAAUACUACCGACAGAAGGGAAGCACGUGUCUCAGUGCACCCUGUGAUGCUUCAACAGCAUGACUGAGACGGGGAAAUUUACAAUGAACAGAAAUGUGUUGGCUCCAGUUCUGGACUCUGCGAAGUCCAACGUCAAGGCACCAGCAAGUUUCCGGGGUCUGCGAGCUGCACCGUCACGUGGGGGUGAAGGUUGUUGGGGAAGCUCAGGGGAUGCUGCAGACAGAGCGGCCUGGGAUGUGGAGUCACUGCUUCUCCACCACACGGGGACAGAGGAAGCAGGAGUUUAGCCUGACACGCUGCCCCUCCAGCUGGAGGGGAAGAGACAGA